AUGGCUAAGUCAAAGGGAAAGAGAAAGCAGCAGAGUCUCUCUAUCGAGCAAAACAUCAAGAAGGUGAAGACCACAAGUAUUAUUACUCCACCUCCAGAACUUUCGACUGAGCCCAAAACCCUCCAUGAUCUUUUGAUCGCCGAAGAAGAUAUCGAAAUAUCCGUGGACACGCUCAGCACAUUAGCAAAGAAUCCUGCUCUUAUAAAAUCGAAGGCAUGUAAGGAAUUACGAACUGCGGUUUUCGACUUUCGAAAUGCUUGCACAACGGGCUUCAAUGCGUCUAUCGAUACAAACCCUACGGCGCGUAUCAGCGGUGCUCUGGCGGAUGAAGGGUAUACCGAAGCUAGGAUACUACUCGCGGAGAUGCGAAUUCGGGAGCAGAAGCCUAAAUUAGGUGCGCUCUGCCGAUGGGUUCGAGAUUUAGACGUCGUUAGUGGCUUAGCGGAACAACUAGACAGUAGUGGAGCAAAGAGAACGGCAAGAGAGGAGCAAUUGCUAGUUGUGUUAGAUGCAAUACUUAGAGUCACUGGCCCGGUAGAUUAUUCGACUGAGGAUGGAACGGCUAUAAAUGGUCCUAUCGUGCCAAGAAAGGCAUGGAAUUUGAGGGAUGAUACGAUACAGCGCAAGCAAGUAUACGAUUCGGUUUUGGACGGGAGCAUACUCGAUUCUUUACCCAAGGACAUAAAAUCCAAGUUUCGCGUCAUUGAAACAACUCCAGGUUUGGAUCGCAAGCCAGCAAACCUCCAUCCGGCGAUUCUUUGGGCAUCUCAGGACAAUGCCAUUGCUUUUUCUGAUAGCCCUCCUAAGACGACUCACCACACACAUCCCAUUGUACCGAAUCUACAUUUGCUCAAGGACGUAUUGAGUCCAGAAGAGUGUAUUCGAAUCAUUGCUGCAGGCGAGACCGUGGGAUUUACACCAGAUGCCCCAAUACGCGCAGAAGGCGAGGAAAACAGUAUUUUGGCUCAUAAUUUCUAUUGGGUUGCGGAUAAUUCUUUCUGCGAUGGAGUAUGGAACAGAGUUAAAGAAUUUGUUCCAACACAAGUCAAUGGUAAACAGGUGAGAGGUCUGAACAGGAGAUUUCGCGUUUACCGCUAUGUCCCUGGUGCAGAAUAUCGUGCUCAUAUUGAUGGCGCUUGGCCGCCGUCUGGAAUUGACCCCACGAACGAUAAAUAUAUCUACGAUUCUUCUCCUGCGGAUUCAAAACAGUCCUCUUUAUUCACAUUUUUGAUAUAUCUGAACGAUGAGUUUGAUGCUGGCGAAACAACCUAUUUUCUGCCCAGCGCGAAAGAGGGCAGCAUGAAUGCAUAUUCGAUAAAGCCAAUUCAAGGUAGUGUGGCAAUGUUCCCACACGGUGAAACUGAGGGAAGUUUACUUCACGAAGGCACCGGUCAACAUCAAUUUUCCAAGAAGUCCACUGCUACACAAAGAAAGAACGGUGCUAAGUAG